AUGAAUCAUCUCGAGGUUGAAAAAUACCGUACUCAAACCAACAAACCAUCAUCUGCACGCCCAACGAGCAACCAUAUCACAAUUUCUUCACGUCACUUGGAAGGACCCCGAUGGGGUUCCCGGAGAAUAUUGUUGAAUAAGACAGAGCUAAAAGUUUUGACAAAUGAACCAGAAAACCGUUUUGUUUGUCAUUCUUUAUCUCCAAGUACAACUCUGACGGAGCUAACUAAAAGUAAAAGAUGGUAUGAAAACGAGGAAGAUGUAGCAGACUGGCCUGUGCAUCCUUCAGAGUUCAAAGAACCUCCUCAGGGUUGGUCCCUCCCACUGCUUCCACCUCGAUGGGUUCUCGAUGGCAAUGUGUCUUACAGGGUGCUUGGAUUCCCACUUCGGUACUCCGACUUCAUACGAUUCGCAGAGAAAAAAUGGCAUGAAGACGCGAAAGAUGUGGAAGACUCGCCUGUGCAUCCUACGGCAGAGUUCAAAGAACCUCCAGAGGGAUGGACUCUCCCACCGUUCCCACCUCGAUGGGUGCCUCGUGGCAAUGUGUCCUACAGGGUGCUUGGAUUCCCACUUCGGUGGUCCGACUUCAUACGAUUUGCAGAGCAACACGAACUGGAGGUCGGUGAGUCGGAAUGGGAUAAAGCGUCCGCUGCAUUUUCGGACAUGAUGGAUUAUCUCGUCGACUACAAGUGUCAGUUUGCAGAGAUUGCCAUUGGGGACGCGGAAGUUCCGGUAAUCUUGGUUGCGGAUAACUCCAAAAUGAAACAUUUGAAGCAUCCCAAGGAGGCGAAGCGCAUUUAUUUCGUCCAGACGUAUUUGGGACUUAAGCGGCCGCCUGUCUGGUUGUUCCACCGUCAACGGAUGCGUGAUAACAUAAAACUUGAGAAAUGGUUUGAUGAAGAAGACGUCGAAAAUGAAGAACAAUCUCAACAAGAUGGCAAAACUGACCACGCACUAGAGAAAAUUGAAAACUCUGAGCAAGCCCCCCUUGGAAUCAGCUCGCAGAUUGACGAUGACAAAUCCAAGUGA